AUGGCUUCUUCAACGCCACGAUCAGAGCCACUAGCAAGCACACUUGUGGCGCGUUUCCUGCGGGCAAACAAUUACACAGAGACGCUUGAUGCCUUUAUUCACGAGGCGGGUCUUCCGGUUGACGCGGGGCAGGCGGGCAGACACGAGUGGACGAUUGAACAGCUGCUGGAGGAGAAGCAGGCAUACGAUCAGAGCCUGAAAUUCGAAAGGCAUGGCGAUGGGCACGAGGAGAAGGAUAUUUGGACAGUUCCAGCGCCUGCGCAACCGAGCAUCGUUGAAACGCGCUCAAAUCUUCUUGCCAGCUCGGUCGAUUCGUGGCAGGGACCGAUGACCGAGCAGGACAGCUCCCAGACGAGGCCGUCGUACAUCGUCGCCACAGGGGCAGACAGACAGGUGCACCUCGUCCGAACCCGCCCUGAGCAUGACAUCGCGACGUCUCUGGCCGGCCUCUCAGACUCACCGAUUCUGUCAUACGUCUCGACUCAAGACGGCGCGUACAUGUUCAUGACAUCCAUGUCCGGGCACCUCCUGCUUUUGCAUGGCUCAGAGGUGGUCGACCGCAGGAAGGAGCAUACUAAAUAUGCUGUCCAGGUGGUCGCGUACGAAGACCACUCCACCGGAAAGCUCUGGGUCGCGACCGCGGGAUGGGAUAUGAAGAUCUUCGUCUACAGCAUUACUCUCGCCCCCGGGGGGUGUCCGUUGACUACGAUCGGCGAGCCCGUCGGCCGCAUCGAUCUGCUCAGCAACCCUGAAUCCAUGCUAUUCCUCCGGCAUCCGGAUACGGGGGACCUGGUUCUCCUCGCUUCCCGGCGUGAUUCUACGUAUCUAUUCUACUACCAGGUUGGACAAGCCCCAGUCCCAUCACCGGAGAGGGCCAGUGAAGAUGAUGGUACUGUAGGGUCUGCCCCGUACGAGUGCAGAUUACUCGGCAAGCAGAACCUGGCCCCCCAUUCAACGGCAUGGGUUGCCUUUUCGCCUGCCUGCCUCGCAGUGAGUCCGCAUGACCCUUCGCUUCUGGCCGUGGCUACUUCAACCCUCCCGCAUAUGAAACUCAUUAUUGUGCGACUUUUAUUUCCACCAAUAAAGCGUCUCGAUGACGGCAGCGUCGAGUCAUUCGCGGAGAGAGAAAGAUCAAUGGCAGCGCCAGAGACACAAGCCGCACAGGCGCUCGCGGCCUUGUCGCUGCAGAACCGCGAGGACGCCGCGAUCGUCAUUCAGACCAACACGUUUGCGCCGCAGACGGCGUAUUCCACGCCACAGGUGGUGUGGCGGCCUGACGGCUCCGGAAUCUGGGUGAACGGGGACGACGGCGUGGUCCGAGGCAUUGAGGCAAAGACCGGGAAGGUAGUCGCAAUAUUGAAGGAGGGGCAUGAGCCCGGAAGUAAAGUCCGGACGAUCUGGGCGGGCUGGGUCAAGGAUGAGAAAGAGCAGCGACAGGAAUGGCUGAUCAGUGGUGGAUUUGACAAGCGAUUGGUCAUUUGGAAGUAA